UGUUUUUCGCCCCUGCCGCUGUUUAUUUUUUUCUUUCUUCUUCCAGCGGCCGCUGCUGCUCCAGCAACAACGACGACUACAGCAAAGCAAAGCAACAACCUUCCAUCAGUGCAGAGCAGGAUCAGUGCCCAAGCGCAUCACAGCGGUGGGCAACACCAGACAUGUCGCUGCUCAUCAAACCGGGCAUGCGCGUGAUGGUGCGCGAUAAGAAGCUUCUCGGCACCGUGCGCUAUGUGGGCCUGGUUGACUUUGCCAAGGGCAAGUGGAUUGGCAUCGAGCUCGAUGAGGCAAAAGGCAAGAACAACGGCACCGUGCAGGGCAAACCCUACUUUGAGUGCGAGAUGCACCACGGCAUGUUUGUGCGGCAGACGCAGGUCGAGCCUGUCAAAGCACCCUCUGGUGCCAAAUCGCCUGCUCCUUCGCCAAGCAAAUCGUCCUCCCCAUCAUCAACAAAGGCCGCAUCCUCCACGUCCAGUGGCACGGGCAGCAGAGCCGCUACCCCGAGCUCGUCUCGUCAAACAUCCCGCACAAAACUGGCAAAGCCCACCCGGUCUACGAAGGACAGCUCCUCUUCUUCAAAAUCCACAACUGAUGAAGCAAAGAAGCAGCAGCAACCGCCGCAACCGCCACAGCAGCAGCAACAGCGACCACAGCCACAAAAGUCGAGGAUUGCAGCACCGUCAAGCACAUCAUCAGAGCCCGGCAAGUCCGCAGCGCCGCGCCCAACAUCAACAUCGUCGUCAUCAGCUUCAGCGGCUGCAAACCACAGCCACGCGCACGCGCGCACAGCUGGUGACGCCCCCGCUGAAACAGAAGCGCCAGCGCCGGCCAAGCAAGCGCACGCGCCCGCCACAGGCCAAGCAGCCACACACGCGCCCGCCAAAGCGACAGCAGCAGCAGCAAGGAGUAACAGUAAACCCCACACAACAUCAGCAGCAGCAGCAGCAGCGACGAAGCGAUCGACGGUGGUGGAGGCGGAGACAGAUCCCAUUCGCGUUCGCGAGCUGGAGAAAUACAAGAAACAAGUGGAGCAGUUGCAGCAGUUCAAAGAGCUGUGGCAGCAGAAGCAGGACAUGCUCGUGUCUGAACUGAACGAGCGCAAGCGCAUCUCGGACGUGGACGUUCAACGACUGGAGUCGGAGGUGGCCAUGCUCAAGGAGACCACGCAGAUUGCUCUGCUCGACAAGCAGGUCGCCGAGGAAAAGAACCGGGACCUGCAAGAAGAGGUGGAGGAGCUUCAAGACAAAGUCGAGGAAUUGACGCUGACGGUUGAGAUCUUGGAGGCGGAGAAGGAGGAAGCAAAGGCCGGGGCAACAGCAGCAGCGCCAGCAGACGCCAAGCAGGGCAACGCUGACGGUGGUGCAGGUGCCAAUGAGGCCAAUGGUGACGGCGGUGAUGAUGAUGGCGAUGAUGAUGCGUUGAACCCGAACCGCACCAACAACACCGCAGCCAUGAAGGCGCUCAAGAACAAGAUUGCACGCCUGACAGUGGCCCUGUACAAGCUUCGCGAGCAGAACCAGACGCUGCAGGAAGAGAACGCGGCGGUGCGGGCAGAGCUGACGGACGCCAUGGCUGACAACACCGCGCUCGGUAAGGCACUCCAAAUGAAGGACGUGGCCUUGGAAAAGGCCAUGCAGGAGUACAAGUCGCAGGUGUCGCGCGCAGACUCACACUUUAGCGCGGAGACGAUGGUCGAGUCGCUGACAGACCAGAACUUGGCCCUUGAGGAGCGGUGUCAGCUGCUGGAGGAGGAGGUGUACGAGCUGCGACAGGAAGUCGGGGUGCUGGAGGAGACACAGACGGCGUUGGAGGAGACGCUCGACGAGACACAGGCCGACAACGACGAGUUCAGAUCAUCUGUCAACAAGCUGAUGCAAGUGCUCAACGCGAUUGUGGACCGGAAUCAGGAGCAGGCCGAGGCCAUCGCAAAAUACAGCGCUGCCCUUAAGGAGAAGGAGGAGAGCCUGCAGAAGACGCAGCAGCAACAGCAACACCAGCAGCAUGCUGCAUCUGCCGCCCCUGUGCAGCCCAAACCCGCUCCUGCAAAACACAAGGCGAGCGAGUCGAAGGCGCACCAGCGGGUGGCGGCGAUUGAGGCCGAACUGCACGCCCUCGAAGAGGAGCAGGCGAAGCAGCACAUCACGUACCUGAAAAUGUUUCUGCCUGAGGACUUUUUCACACACGACUACAAUGGGCUGCAGCUGUUGAUGCUGCUUGAUCGUGUUGUUCGCAAAUCGCACAUCCUCGCCGAGCACGCAACGGCAGAGUUUGCUGUUGGCCAGGACAUUUCGGAAGUGGUGACGGAGGACUCUGAUCUCACCAUUGACCAGUUUGCUUUUGGCGCAGCGCUGGUUGAGUUGUUGACGAUGCUGCGCCUCGACUGCGAGUACAUGUACCAGGCCAUGCACAAGCUGGACGCAGAGACAUUCAAAGCGGUUGGCGACGUCUUCCCACAGCUUGUUGCGCACGAGCCUGCCCUAGAUUCGCUGCUGAAGCGGUUGCGCGGCGACGGCCUUGACCCGUCCAUCCCGCUCGCAGACGUCGAGGCUGCUGCCAAGGCGUUCCGGACGACGAUGACGACGCGAAUUGCCGACGCCGUGCCGCGUGACAGCCGUGAUGCCGCAAACGUUGAGGUGCAGACGGCGAGCGGCGCACUGGAUGUUGUGGAGGCUGAGCUGCUGCGCCUGGACGAAAUCUUCAAGCGGUCGUCGUCCACAGGCAGCAUGGACCCGGCGUUUGGGCCCCUCCUCGCACACAUGCGCGAGAUGAGCAGCCAGUGCAGGGACGCAAAGACCGCCUGCCGCAAGAUCCUGCGGCACCUGCCACCCAAGAUGGCUGACACGACCAUUGCACUCGACGAGGAGCGACAGCAGAUGCUCGCACAGCACGCGCACAACCUCUUCUCUGCUGCCAUUGCCCUCAGCCACGCGUCAAAGGCAUACCACGACCACGUGCACGGCUCCGUGACGCUUCGUGCCCUCGACCUGGACACGGCGAUGCAAAUUGGCGUCAACGCGCGUGUGGACCUGUCCAAGGACGGCACAUUUACGGCCCGCGCGCGGCAGGAGGGUGCAGACGAAAGCAUGGUUCCUGUGCAUGUGCCCAACGUGCUGUAUGAUGCAAUGCAGCUGCUGGUGGACCUCGCUGGCUGCCUGGAGGCGGGCGACUUUGAUGUGCAGGCUGCGGCCAGCCCCGAAACCAAACAGCCGGCUGCGUGGGAGGUGAAUGCGGCUGCCAUGCGCAAGUCUGCAGCAGAGACACUGGCGCUUCCACGAGAGGUGGAGCGCCUCUCCGCUGAACUCGCCGCCCUCAAGAAGGACGUCAAGAUGAAGGACAAGAACCUGAAGGAGAAGGACAUCCUGCUUGUUGCGAGCAAGCGCAACAUUGAGAGCGUGCGCUACCAGUGCGAGCAGCAGGUGCAGGAGAAGGAGGCCAAGAUGGCGGAGGAGCGGGCCGAGUUUGACAAGCUGCGACAUGAUAUGGACGUGCAGCUGCGCGAGUUUGAAGAAACAUACGAAGAGCUGUCGAAAGAGCGCGACGAGCUCCGUAAGCGCCUGUACGCUGCGGAGGGCCCGUCACUCGGCGGCCGCGUCUCCACUGUCGGAUCAGACGUGAGCAGCGCCGAGCUUCGUGCUGCGCAGGUGCGCCUGUUUGUGCUGCAGGAGGAGCUUGCACACCAGCGCCGCCUCACUGCCACCGCCCAGGCCAAGAGCGCACUGGACACGCUGUCCGCGCUGCCAAACAUCUGCCCGCGUCGCCCCGUGCCGCCGCGACUGGCACAGGCUGGCACGGCCAUCAAGGCCGCAAACCAGGUGUGUGGUGACGUGAUGCAGUCGCUGGCUUCGCUGCGCGUUGUCCGCCUGACACCUGCAGAGGAAAAGAAGCAGAAGCAGGAGAAAGCAGCAGGUGCAGAUACAGAAGGCGCCACAGCGGCUUCGCGCGCCGGUGCUGGUGCCGAGCCGAGCAACCCCGGUGCGUCGCUGGCAGUUGCCGCAGGCCAGCUAGAGAGCCUGCGGCUGCGGAGCACGCGUGCGCGCGACGAGCUGUUGCCGCUGCUGUCGGCCGCAACGACGCAGCAGCCGACGCUUGGCGCGUUUGCUGGCGUGGAUCACCUGAAGCGCAUGAAGGAGGCGGCGGAGGGGAAGACACUCGGCACACUCACGCUCCCGUCCAGCGCGCAGAUUGCGGCUGCUCGCAACGGCCGCGUCUUCCUCACACCAGAGACGUUUCACUCGCUGCACGCCGCGCUCGCGUGAUGUGACACAUGAUGUGAUUGUGUUUGUUUGUUUGCGUUGGAUUUUGUCUUGCGUUCUUGUGUUCUUUUCUGCAGUGUGUUGUGCGCGUACGUGUGAACGUACGUGCGUGUGUGCGUACGUGCGUGCGUGUGUGUGUCGUGUGUGUGUCGUGUGUGUGGGUGCCAUCCUUUGCUUGUCGCACCAGUCAGACUAUCCGUUCCAACAACCAAGAAACACGAGAAGAC